UAAGGAAGGCAAAGUGGGUGUUGAUUAAGGAAGUAGCUCAGCCCUCUGACUCAGCCCUCUGCUGUACAGCUAAGUGGGUGCUAUAUCACUACCGGCCAAUAACCUUGCUGGGGUAACAUAUACCAACAGCAGAUAGCGCAUGGACAGCAAGCUGUCUGUUGACCGAGAUGGUCAAAAUACACAGACGAUUCUGCCACCUGUGUCCUUCCCUCUGAUUCCUGCACAGUGCGCGUGUGACACAUUUCCACCAUUUUUCGAAGACAGCUACUGUGAUUCCUACGAUAUCAAUUGCAAGAGCUAUGGAGUACGGUGUGAAGGUGACAUAAUCGACGGCUUUAAAGUGGAUGGACUGGAUUUGGACCCAUGUGACAGUCCUCCAUCCGUCACCUUACAGAUAGUGUUCAAGGGGACACCUUUCACUGUGGUUGUGAGUGGAAACACAACAUCAGAGCUGUUGGGCUCCGCCACACUGACUGCAACUGUCUGGUACUAUGACUACUCCAUGGACAUGCAGGUGGAUUUCACAAGUGACGGUAUCAACCGGGAUCAUACUGGACCUACCCUCCUGUGAACCCUCAUCUGCUCCAACCACCACUGUCACUCUUCCACCUCCCCCAGCCACUACCUGUGAGGCCAUGGAGUCCAUCAAGACAGACGUAGCUCAGAACUACUUGGUCAGGUGCUAUUUCCCCCAGGACGACUGCUGGACCCUCACCUGUGAAAGUAUAGACUUCACCUUCAGCCUUCUCCCCU